GAAUAAUAUAUGCCUGGAAUAUACUUGUAGAAUGUGUGGAUGGUACAUGGACUGUCUGGUUCGAUAGAGAUAACCCAGGAGGUACUGGGGACUGGGAAACGACAUCACUUGCCAUCGAGUUGUAUGGUGAUAUCAUGUGUACCGAUCCAUCGGCGAUACAAGUGCAGACCCUAGACGGUAUUCCUGCAGAAGAUACUGAUGAAAUAUUCUUGCAUUAUUCACCGGACAUUGGCUUUGUGUGUCGGAUGGCAGAUCAGCCAGAUAACACUUGCCUUGACUCUCGAGUGAGAUACUGCUGUCCAGCUAAUCCCCCGUGUGAUGGUGAAUGGUCACAAUGGUUCGACGAAGACAGUCCAGAAGAAGGGAUUGGCGAUUUAGAAACGCUAGCAACUCUAUGUGAAAAGACGUGCAAACGACCCAGCGCAAUUCAAGCCCAGACUAUUGAUGGCAUAUCAGCUGAAUUAACAGGCGAUGUGUUACUCAGCAAUGAUAUCAUUAAUGGAUUUGCUUGUUUGAAUGAAGAACAGGACGAUGAGAAAUGUGAAGAUUAUAAAGUCAGAUUAUGUUGUCCUGAACAGCCAGAUUGUGACAAGUGGACAAAAUGGUUCAACACCGAUAAACCAUGUGAAGGUUUAGAUGCAGAUCGUGAAAUCACCGCCGUAAUCCAAGAUGAAUAUCCAAAUGAAAUGUGUAAAAAUCCGUUAUUCAUCCAAGUUGUUGUCGCCGCCACUGAACAACCUUCAUCAAGCACCGGGCAGGUAUUCCUACAUCACGAUGUCGAUCCUGGAUUUGUUUGUCUUGACAAAGAUCAGCCAGCUGGUGAUCAAUGUCAUGAUUACAAAGUUCGAUACUGUUGUGAUGAACAACCUGAUAAACCCGGACAAUGCCCAAUGGUACCAUCUAUCGACGCUGUCCGUCCCAAGGGCUACUGCUACUAUGAAUGCCAAGAUGAUACCGACUGCCUGGGGAAGAAAAAAUGCUGUGCUUCUGGAAUAUGUGGCACCAUUUGUAUGGAUCCUGUGUUCCCAUGUUUCCAUGAGGGCGUUAUUUACCAGGAAGGCGAUGGCAGAAAAGAAGACUGCAAUACCUGGUAGGUUAUUAGUGAAUGUCGUCGACAUUUCGUUACGUAAUACUAAAGAUGAACUAGAUACGUUUAGUAUUACUGAGAAGUCGCAUAGACCGAGGAUUCGACACCCG